CUUCUAAUCUGACGAGGACAGAGCAGCUGCAGCUGGAUGCGGGCAGACGGCCACAGAGGAGGAGCUUUUUCAGCCACAGUCUAGUAACAGAGGGGUUAGCAGUGGCCACCAUGGGUUCUGUGAAUUCCCGAGAUGACAAGGCAGAGGCCCAGGUGGUGAUGAUAGGCCUCGACUCAGCAGGCAAGACCACGCUCCUGUACAAACUGAAGGGCCACCAGAUGGUGGAGACCCUGCCCACUGUUGGUUUCAACGUGGAGCCUCUGGAAGCACCGGGGCACGUGUCUCUGACUCUCUGGGAUGUGGGGGGGCAGACCCAGCUCCGGGCCAGCUGGAAGGACCACCUGGAAGGCACGGAUGUCCUCGUGUAUGUGCUGGAUAGCACCGAUGAAGCCCGCUUACCCGAGGCAGUGGCUGAGCUCAUGGAAGUCCUGGACGACCCACACAUGGCCAGCGUCCCUUUCUUGGUGCUGGCCAACAAGCAGGAGGCGCCAGAUGCCCUGCCGCUGCUGGAGAUCCGAGAGAGGCUGGGCCUGGAGAGGUUCCAGGACCGCAGCUGGGAGCUUCGGGCCUGCAGUGCCCUCACUGGCGCUGGGCUGCCAGAGGCCCUACAGAGCCUGAGGAGCCUCCUGAAAUCCCGCAGCCACUGCGUGUCUACGUGAGCACAGGCGGGGCAGGGAGUGGGGAGAGCAGGAAGCCGCGAUCUGGGCACAGCAGCAUAUCUUUGCUGAUACGACCUGAAAGAAUCAGCUGGGCCUUAAGAAUCCUAAGCUCAGUUUAACAGACGAGAAGUCCUUCUGUGCUUGGACAGGA